UGAAAGAAGGCGGGGCAGAAGGUGUUUUUCCCGACGUUGCAUGUGUUAAUCCCUGGAUCCUUCCGGGCAAAACACAAUGAACCCAGCUGAAGAGAGCGAGUUGCAGGCCUUCCUCUACACUAGAGCGUUACAACAUGGCGACCGACGGCAACAACGACGCGGUGGCGGCCCAUUAGGCAAUUCUCACCAUGGCCAUCAGCAACCGCAACUCGAUGAUCUUCUCGUUCGGUAGUCGUUCGUCCGCCUCCGCUCCCCCCACACAGCACCAGCCGCCGUAUACUGCCAAGCUGAUGCCCACAUCGUUGUACGAUCCGAGAAACACGGUCAACGGGAUCACACGGUCCCGAUCGUUUCCACCCACGAUGAGAAAAGCGGAAGAAGACGAUGCCAAGCUCGUCGAGCUCGUCAAUCGCAUUCAGAAAUGCGUCGACACGAUCCAAGAAAUCAAACAUGAAGUCGACUCGGCUGCCGCCAAGAUGCAUCGACGACACACUCACCCGUGCCCAUGACGAGCCCUUCCCUGGAGAAUAUCGUCCCCCCACCCUUCCAGCUCCACUAUUUAUCAAUGCAAGCAGCGUAUCUGUCGACUUUCUCUUUCGUCUUCACGGAGACGUCCAAAACACGACUGAGUACAGAGAUGUCAUGGGAGUGACCAAACAAAACGACAGAGAG